AAGUUCAGACAGAUCGGGACGCUGAACACCUCGUGCGCUCGCCAUGCACGCGGCGAUGAUCCUCUUCUCGGCGCUGGCGACGCUCGGCGCCGGCGCCGGCGGCUGCGUCCCGGGCGAGCGCGCCGCGCUCCUCGACGUGAAGCGCGGCUUCACCAGCGACCCGGACGGCGUGCUCUCCUCGUGGACGGGCCUGCGCCCGGACUGCUGCCGGUGGGGCGGCGUCGUCUGCGACAACGCCACGGGCCGCGUCGUGGAGCUCCGGCUCCGCAACGCGCUCGCCGACGGCGGGAGCACCGGGCUCAGCGGCGAGAUCAGCCCCGCGCUGCUCCGCCUCCCGCGGCUCGCGCACCUGGACCUCAGCCACAACAGCCUCAGCGGCAGCGGCGUGGCGCCGCCGCCACCGCUCCCGCGGUUCCUCGGCUCGCUCUCGGCCCUCCGGUACCUCAACCUCUCCUCCACGGACAUCGCCGGCGAGGUCCCGCCGCAGCUCGGCAACCUGUCCCGGCUGGUCGCCCUCGACCUCAGCUCCCUCGCUGGCCUCUACUCCGGCGACCUCUCCUGGCUCGCCGGGCUGUCCAAGCUGGAGUACCUCGACAUGGGGUUUGUGAACCUCAACGCGUCCGUCGGCUGGGUGCGCGCCGUCAGCAUGCUCCCGUCUCUGCGCGUCCUCUCCUUGCCUCAGUGCGGGCUCACGACGUCGCCGUCGUCGCCGGCGAACCUGACACGGCUCCGGAAGCUCGACCUCUCCUCCAACGCAAUCAACACCUCGACCGUGGACGCCUGGUUCUGGAACGUGCCGACGCUCACGUACCUCGACCUCUCCGGCAACUCGCUGUCCAGCCCGUUCCCCGACGCCAUCGGCAACAUGACCGGCCUCCAGGUGCUCAACCUCGACGGCAAUGGCAUGGUCGGCAUGAUCCCCGCGACGCUGCAGCGCCUCUGCAGCCUGCAGGUGCUGGACGUGACGGUGAACCAGAUCGGCGGCGACAUGUCGGAGUUCAUGGACAGGCUCCCCCGCUGCGCGCUGGGGAACGUCCUGGUGCUGCAGCUGUCGGCAGCCAACAUAUCCGGGCGUCUGCCGGAGUGGAUCGGCGACAUGGCUCAGCUGAAAUACCUUGACCUGUCCUUCAACAAUCUUGUAGGAGAGAUACCCCAAGGAAUUGGCAAGCUCUCAAAGCUCACCAGGCUCUUCCUGAACAAGAACAGCCUGAAUGGCAGCUUGUCGGAAGCCCACUUUGUGAACCUGGUGAGCCUGGAGUGGAUCGACUUGUCGCAGAACUCGAUGUCGAUGGAGAUCAGGCCCAGCUGGAGGCCUCCAUGCAAAUUGGUCUAUGCUUACUUCCCUGAUGUCAGGAUGGGUCCACAGUUCCCAGCAUGGAUCAAGCACCAGCCUGACAUCAAGUACCUUGACAUCUCUCAUUCAGGUAUAGUGGACACACUGCCACAGUGGUUUUGGAAGUCCUUUUCAGAUGCAGUUUACCUGAACAUCUCGGUGAACCAGAUCAGUGGAAGGUUGCCAUCCUCUCUGAGAUUUAUGAACUCUUCACUUGCAAUAUAUCUCGGAGCAAAUAACCUCACUGGCUCCGUGCCAUUGUUACCGGAGAAGCUGCUUGUAUUGGAUCUCUCAAGAAACUCUUUAUCUGGCCCAAUCCCAUCAGAGUUUGGAGCUCCUGAAUUAGUGGAGCUGGAUGUCUCCUCCAAUAGGAUCAAUGGAACAGUGCCAGCAUCUCUAUGUCAGUUUCCAAACUUGCUGCAUCUGGACGUAUCGAACAACGAUCUGACUGGCCACCUCCCUCAGUGCCGAAAUGUGUCGUCCGAUGACCUUGGUCUUACUACUCUCAUCUUGUACAAUAACAAUCUUUCAGGGGAGUUCCCAGUGUUCCUGAAGCACUGCAAGGCUAUGACAUUCCUUGAUCUGGCUCAGAACAUGUUCUCCGGUAUCGUACCGGAGUGGAUCGGCAGGAAACUGCCAUCCUUGACGCAUCUUCGGUUGAGAUCAAACAUGUUCAGUGGCAACAUCCCUACUCAGCUUGCAGAGCUUGGUGAUCUGCAGCUAUUGGACCUAGCCGACAACAGGAUAUCUGGUUCCAUACCUCGUUCUCUUGGGAACAUGACCGGCAUGACCCAAGAGCACCCACCACUUUCUCUGAACCCACUGACAGGUUACGGCGCAUCGGGGAACGAUCGGAUUGUGGACAGUCUUCCAAUCGUGACGAAGGGACAAGAUCGUGACUACACCAGUGGUGUUAUCUACAUGGUGAGCCUUGAUCUUUCUGACAACGUUCUCAGUGGAGAGAUCCCGGAGGAGCUCUCUGCUCUCACAGGAUUGGUGAACCUGAACCUGUCCAGGAACCACUUGAAUGGAACGAUCCCAUGGAACAUUGGAGAUAUAAAGAAGCUGGAAUCCCUCGACUUGUCGAUGAACAUGCUCUCCGGUGGUAUCCCAUCUAGCCUAUCAGACUUGACUUCACUGAGCCACCUGAACGUGUCCUACAACAAUCUGUCAGGGAGGAUACCUCAAGGGAACCAGCUCCAGUCACUUGCCAAUCCAGCAUACAUCUACAUUGGCAAUGCCGGUCUCUGCGGGCCGCCUUUGUGGAAGAAUUGUUCGUCUGGGGGCGAUGACAGUGUUCAGCAGGCUCCUCUCCAUGGAGACAAAAGUUUGUCCAAGAUCGUGUUCUUUUACCUUGGAUUGGGUGUAGGAUUUGUGGUGGGGCUUUGGCUGGUGUUCUUCUCCUUGCUGUUUGUGAAGACGUGGAGGUUUGCGUAUUUUCAGGCCAUUGAUAUGUUGUAUGAUGUUGUGUAUGUUUUUGUUGCUGUAAGGUUGUCAAGGCGCAGCGCGGAGGAAAGCGCUACGAGCUAAGCAGAUUGAUUAUUACUGCACACGUGAAGUGAUCAUACAUGUUGUACAUUGUAAAUGCUUGUCUGCAAUGUAAAGUAGUUCAAGCUUGCAGAAUGAGGUUUGGUAUAAGGAUGCCACUGAAUUUUGUAUUGGUGUACCCUCUGAGUGGCCUAGCUAGCAUAUGUAAGCGUUCGUGUCUGUACCUUGUUUGCCAAGAAGAAAUAGCUAGUACUCCUUCCUA